CCCACAGAUACACUGGAGACAGGACCUGGACAGAGCUUCCCUGGCAUGGAGCACCUUCUCACCCCACAGAUACACUGGAGACAGGACCUAGACAGAGCUUCCCUGGCAUGGAGCACCUUCUCACCCCACAGAUAGACUGGAGACAGGACCUGGACAGAGCUUCCCUGGCAUGGAGCACCUUCUCACCCCACAGAUACACUGGAGACAGGACCUAGACAGAGCUUCCCUGGCAUGGAGCACCUUCUCACCCCACGGAUACACUGGAGACAGGACCUAGACAGAGCUUCCCUGGCAUGGAGCACCUUCUCACCCCACAGAUACACUGGAGACAGGACCUGGACAGAGCUUCCCUGGCAUGGAGCACCUUCUCACCCCACAGAUAGACUGGAGACAGGACCUAGACAGAGCUUCCAGAGUACAGAAGAUGUUGUUUUAUAACAUUUCCAAUUCCAGUCUAUAUUUUAUAAUAGUUGAGAGAAGACACAGGGUUGUUAAUUUGUUUAUGUUCUGUAGAUUUACAAAUGAUUGAAGACUUUGGAUGGACUGUUCUAUUGUGUGUGUGUGUGUGUGUGUGUGUGUGUGUGUGUGUGUGAAGUUGAACUCUGAUAUUUAAGGUGAUCACAUCUGUUACUUGGGUGUUGCAUGAUGUUUUUGUUUAGUUUUCUUUUCCUGGAGGACAAAGAAAUUAGUUUGUUAUAAAUAAUAAGUCUGUUCUUCCAAGGAACACCCCUCAUGUUGAUGCGUGUGGGAAGUUUUUUUUAAAUGUUUGUGGGAUUGGUUGUGAUUCCUGUAUAAUUGUGGUUUGCCGACUAAUGCAACAGCUCUGGACCACACUGCCCUUCCAUCAAGACCCCCCUUAAGAACAUUAAAAAAAAAAAGUUACGAAAAGUUAUUGUUGAGAUAAGUUUGUUGUGCAUAUCUGUUACUGCAGCAUUGUUUCUACAACUCCAACAAACUACUACUUGUAGAUGAGAUACUGUACUGUAUACAUUGAUUUACCACGGUUGUUUUUACUGCAUAUCGGUUGGUGAAUCUGAGUGUUGGGUUUUAAAACCGCUGUACUAAUAAAACAAACUGUUGACGCACGAAGUAAAGGCCUUUAUGCUCUUUCUAAGAGACAACCAGCUAUGCACCCUCAUGCGGAGUGCCUCUGAAAAUCAGGAACUGGAAUGAAAAUGAAGAAUAAAACCUACUCGGAACUAUUUACUCUGCUGCUUGUGUAGAUGCUCUUCCUCUGCAUGCAAUAGAUAUUGAUGUGCUUUAGGCUGGAACAUUCUGGUAAAUAAAAGUAAUCUGUUAUGUUUUUGAAACUCAAUCUAAGAAUAACCCUGCUGUUAUGUUUUAUUGAACCAGUCAAUGUCUUCCAAAACGUGUAGUGUCAUUGUAGUAGGGGAGAACGUUUUAUUAGGAACUGAGUGUGUAUGCAUGCACAUGAUUGAUGGUAACUUCAAUGCACUGCUGUCCUCUGUCCAAUGUUGAACCUUGAUAAUCACACAAGUGUAUUUUUAUUUAAUCAACUGCUGUAACAAUCCUGAUCAAUAGGUAAAUAGUACGUUGUCUAUCAACUUGACAACAUCGAUUUGGACUCGAAGCUCUCCCUUGCGUGACGCAAAUAGACAGGGAUCAGCGCUAAACGAGGCCACGCAUAGUCUGCCCUCCCUUGGUUGCAAGCGAGCAACGUGAUUGGCCCAGGCCUCGGAAAGAGUGCCCGGGGAUCCAAAUGUACAGGCCGCAUUUAGCUUAGUGUCGAAAAAAAUAUACCCAAACAAUAACAGACAAAACCGAGAAAGAAGAAAUAACGACGAUAUAUUUGAAGGAGUCCAUAAUCAGGGUUCUCUCCCCCGAUGGAAGGAAGAAACACCAGCAACACACUGUUCUUAUUUUAGAGCGCAUUGGGCAUCAAAUGUGAAGAUCAAAGAGAUGGACCACGGCGGAGGGAUCCUGGAGCUACACACACAGGAGUUAAAGAUGCCUCACACCAUGAUCAUGCAAGACUUUGUGGCAGGAAUGAGGGGCCUGGCCCACAUCGAAGGGGAUCACAUUGUGGUGUCCAUGCCAGAGGGCAUGCUCCUGUCUGACGUGAUGACGGACGAAGGCAUUCUGCUGGAGCACAGCCUGGAGGUGGAGGGCCUUGAGACGGAGGUGGAGGGCCUUGAGACGGAGGUGGGGGGCCUUGAGACGGAGGUGGGGGGCCUUGAGACGGAGGUGGAGGGCCUUGAGACGGAGGUGGAGGGCCUUGAGACGGAGGUGGAGGGCCUUGAGACGGAGGUGGAGGGCCCUGAGACGGAGGUGGAGGGCCCUGAGACGGAGGUGGAGGGCCCUGAGACGGAGGUGGAGGGCCCUGAGACGGAGGUGGAGGGCCCUGAGACGGAGGUGGAGGGCCCUGAGACGGAGGUGGAGGGCCCUGAGACGGAGACGGAGGGCCUUGAGACGGAGGGCCUGGAGACGGAGGUGGAGGGCCUUGAGACGGAGACGGAGGGCCUUGAGGUGGAGGUCCUUGAGACGGAGACGGAGGUCCUUGAGACGGAGGUCCUUGAGACGGAGGUCCUUGAGACGGAGGGCCUUGGGACGGAGGGCCUUGGGACGGAGGGCCUUGAGACGGAGGGCCUGGAGACGGAGGGCCUGGAGACGGAGGGCCUGGAGACGGAGGGCCUGGAGACGGAGGGCCUGGAGACGGAGGUGGAGGGCCUUGAGACGGAGACGGAGGGCCUGGAGACGGAGGUGGAGGGCCUUGAGACGGAGACGGAGGGCCUGGAGACGGAGGUGGUGGAGCUGGAGACACAGAUGGUCGAGGGUCUCGAAGAAGACCUAGAGACACAGAUGGUUGAGGGUCUCGAAGAAGACCUAGAGACGGAGGUGAUUGAAGGCCCUGACAUCGGCCACGAGCACUUGCUGGGUGCCGAAGUGGCUAUGGACUCUCACCACCACCACCUUCACCAUGUUCUAACCUCAGACCUCAUUCAGGGCUCAGUCCACCAUCACCACCACAUGCCAGACCAGCUCUUUGUGGAGCACCAGGAGGAGGAUGGGGUGGAGGGCUUGGACCAGGAGGUGCUGGUUGGGGAGGAGGUGGGGCAGGAGGACCCAGUGAUCCAGGCCCAUGAGGAGCUGGAGGUGGAGGCUGUCUCUCUGCAGACUGACGAGGAUGAGGAGGAUGUGAAGAGCACUUCGGAGGACUACCUCAUGAUCUCCUUGGAUGACGUUGGUGAGAAACUGGACAUAGGAGACACUCCUCUAGAGAUCACUACUGAGAUGAUGCAGAACGAUGGCUCCAACAAGGAGGGGUCAGAGGUCAUCAAGGUCUACAUUUUCAAAGCAGAGGCCGAUGACGAUGUGGAGAUAGAUGUGUCAGACAUGGCAGAGCAGGUGUACAUGGAGGUGAUUGUUGGAGAGGAGGAGACUUCAGUAGUCCAGGAGAACCAGCUAGAUGACUCUCCAAACAGCAAGAUGUUUGUCCCGGUCUCCUGGGCUGCUGCCUAUGAUAACAGUGUGGACACAGUGAAGAAUGGAGGGACCAGGCCCUACAUUCAGAUCAGAGACGGUCAGGGUACCAACAGAGCCCUCAAACAGAAGAUCAGGAAGAAGAAGAGGAAGGGAGAGACACGGCAGUGCCAGACCGCUGUGAUCAUCGGUCCAGACGGCAUGCCCCUGACCGUCUACCCCUGUCACAUCUGCGGUAAGAAGUUCAGGUCACAAGGCUUCCUCAAGUGCCACAUGAAGAACCAUCCUGACCACCACCUUAAGAAGUACCAGUGUACCGACUGUGACUUCACCACCAACAAGAAGGUCAACUUCCACAACCACCUGGAGUCCCACAAGCUACUGGUUCAUCGCAGUGACAGAGACCGAACCUCUUCCCCAGAGUACCCGGACUACAACAGGACCACCCCAGAGUACCCAGAAUACAACAGGACCACCCCAGAGUACCCAGAAUACAACAGGACCUACACAGAAUACACCCGGCGUUACCACGAAGACAGCCAGCUAGGGUCUAACAAGCUGAUCCUGAGGGACAAGGAGUCCAAACUGCACCACUGUAAGUACUGUGACUAUGAGACUGCAGAGCAGGGGCUCCUCAACCGCCACCUAUUGGCCGUUCACAGCAGGAACUUCGCCCACGUGUGCGUGGAGUGCACUAAAGGCUUCCGUCACCCGUCAGAGCUCAAGAAGCACAUGCGGACCCACACGGGGGAGAAGCCGUACUGCUGCCCGCACUGUGACUUUCGCUGUGCAGACCAGUCCAACCUAAAGACUCACAUCAAGAGCAAGCACGGUGCCGACCUGCCUUUUAAGUGUGGCCACUGCCCCCAGGCCUACGCUGACGAAGGGGAGCUGCAGCGGCACACGGAGAUGGUGCAGGGCCACAAGACCCACCAGUGUCCCCACUGCGAACACAAGAGCACCAACUCCUCUGAUCUAAAACGACACAUUAUAUCGGUUCACACCAAAGACUUCCCUCACCAGUGUGACGUGUGUGAGAAGGGCUUCCACCGGCCCUCUGAGCUGAAGAAACACUCAGAGACGCACAAGGGCAGCAAGGUGCACCAGUGCAGGCACUGUAACUUCACGACCUCUGAACCUUUCACCCUCAGCAGACACAUCCUGUCCGUUCACACCAAGGACCUCCCCUUUAAGUGUAAACGUUGCCGGCGAGGGUUCCGCCAGUCCACGGAGCUGAAGAAACACAUGAAGACCCACAGUGGGAGGAAGGUGUACCAGUGUCAGUACUGCGAGUACAACAGCCCGGACGCUUCAGGAUUCAAACGCCACGUGAUCUCGAUCCACACCAAGGAAUACCCCCACUGCUGUGACUACUGUUGUAAAGGCUUCCGAAGGCCCUCGGAGAAGAGCCAGCACAUAGCCAGACAUCACAAAGAUAUGUUGAUGGAGCGUUGUGAAUACAGUGACGACACAACGUUACCCGGAUAGAAACAGACUGCACACACUCGGUCUACGUAGACCUGAUUCACACGACAAAGGGGGAACACGGUUAGGAAGUUGAUAAGGAUGGAAUGGUACAUUUAGACUGCUAGCGACAAUAACAUUCUGACUGACUGCUUCUCUUUUUCUACUGGUUGUAUAGAGUAGGAAGAGGUCUCACCAGACACCCUCCCAUUCCCUCUCCCCCAGGUGUAAUCAAACUAAGCAUAUUGUGGAAGUUGGGAGAAGAUUAAAACCAGGGUACAUGUAGUCUUUAUGUAUGUAUUUAUCUGCAGAGAGAGGAUUCACCAUAUGAUGAACAUUUAUUCAGGGUCUCAAAUUAAGUCUAUUUUUUAUACAUGUUGAAACUCUGAGGUGGGGAAAAGACAGACGUUAUUUGAGAACAUUCAGGCCUCUCUCCUCUCUGUGUUUCUCUCCCUCGCUCUCUGUUUCUCUCGCUCUCUCUCUCUCUCUCUCUCUGUCUGUGUUUCUCUCUCUCCCUCGCUCUCUCUGUGUUUCUCUCCCUCCCUCGCUCUCUC